AUGGCGCUGCAAGACGGCAACAUUGCCAGUGGCAUCCAGAUCUCCAAUGAAGAUCAAGAGUCAGAUGAAGCAUGGCUUAUCAAGUGGAUUACGAGUAAUGCCGACCCCCCGCCGUCGUCAACCCGACGAAUACCUAGACUUCCAACCAUGGUCAGAGAGACAAGAGACUACUAUGCUCCAGAGGUCGUUUCCAUCGGUCCAUACCAUGCUGCUGAUAUCCCCAAGCUCAAGUUCAUCGAGAAUCUCAAGCCAGGUUUCACGAAGAAGCUCCUAUCACCCAACUGGGAGACCCAGGUCAGCAGUUUGUACAAAAAGCUUGGUGAACCAACCAUGGUGAAAAGAUUUAGAAACUUCUAUGAAGAGAAAUCAACAGAUGGUUUAUCUGAUAAGGUUUUCACGAAGAUGAUGAUACUCGACGGAUGCUUUAUUUUGUAUUAUAUUCAAUCCAUCUAUGGUGGGGAAGUCGAAACUUGUGAGUUGAACAGCCACCAGAUUGUAUUCGUCCAUCAAGACCUGUUCUUGCUCGAAAACCAGAUUCCAUUCCAAGUUCUAACCGAGGUGAUGAAUUUGGUAAAGAUUAACAGGCGUAAGAAGAUUAAGGACUUCAUCUAUGACAACUUUUUGGCAUCGGUGAGGCCGAAACGCGGGUGGUUCUGUGCUGGCACCGGUCAUAUCCAAGAAGCUCAAACUUCUGGCGCCGGUCAUAACCAAGGAGACUUCAACUUCACAGUUGAUCAUCUUCUCCAAUUUCUGCAUCAUACCCUUACUGGAGAAGACUUAUAUUCGAACGUUUCAAAAAAGCCACAUUUGGUUCAAACAACCAACUCCAAUACUAUAAACAAAAAGGACUUACACAGAUGCACUUUUCGCAAUGUCAACGAGCUUAUAGACGUAGGGAUCAAUUUCAAGCCAAGUAGCAUCAUGGGAUUGACUCAGAUCGGGUUCUCUAAACGGUGGUGGUUGUUUUCAGCCGACGUAGAACUCCCUCCGAUCACCGUCGAUGAUUCCACCAAGUCCAUGGUGUUAAACUUGAUCACCCAUGAAAUGUGCUCAGCUGACGGCCAUGAAGCUUGGGUUACCUCCUACAUUUGCCUGCUCGAUUCUCUGAUUGAUCACCCUGAGGACGUUAAGGCUCUUCGCAAAGCUGGGGUUCUUGAUAACUCUCUGGGGAGUGACAAGGAAGUUGCGAAACUGUUCAAUGAGAUAGGGACCGAUUUGGUGCCAAACAUUGCAGCUUACGCAGAAGCCAAAAACAAGAUACAGAAACAUUAUGGCAGUUUGAGAAACACUCGUCUUUCAGAACUGAAGCAUGAGUAUAUAAAGAGCCCAUGGGCGUUUUUAGCACUUGUGGGAGCUGUGAUGGCUCUUGUUCUUAGUGGCGUUCAAACUUACUUCACUGCCUGGACUCCCAAAAGCCAGUGUGAUGAUCUUUGCAUGUUCUUGAAGAUGAACCAUCACUUGUAA